CGUGUCCUCGGUUUUAGUCCGCCGAGGAAGAAGAAGAAGAAUAACGAAAACAAUCACAAACGGCUGUUUGCAGAGCAGGUUUUUUUUUCUAUUAUUGCGUAGUUUCCACAAAGGAGUCACCAUGCCCGUCAUUUGUGCGGCUACAGGGUGCAACAAUAAGUUUGUGAAAGGGUCGGAAAUACGAUUUUACAGGUUUCCACUCAGCAAGCCACAGCUCUCCAGCAAAUGGGUGCACAGCCUGGGGAUGAAAAACUUUGUCCCAACUGCCAACACCUGCCUCUGCUCAGAGCAUUUCCGGACUGACUGCUUCAGGGACUACAAUGGCAAACAGUUUCUGAGAGAGGACGCAGUGCCCACCCUGUUCGCCAGUGGGCAGGAUUCAUCAAAGAUUGAACUUCGUAAAAGAGGAGUGGUACCAAAGGAGACAAACGUAGCAAAUCCCAUGGCAACACAAGCCGAGCGAGAGAGAGUUCGAGACGUUGGCGGUAUACGCAGAGAAAAGAGAGGCGGAAUGAGGGGUGGACGAGGAAGCCGUGGAGGAAAACAAAUGUCUGACAGGCAGAGCCUCGGAGCCAAGAGCAGAGUGUACGACAGCAAAGGCCGCCUGCUCUCCAACAGCAAGGACAUGUGCGACUGUCUGGAUGUGGAUUGUAUGGGCUGCUUCUACCCCUGCCCCGAAUGUGGCUCGCGCAAGUGUGGAGUGGAGUGUCGCUGCGACCGGAAGUGGCUGUACGAGCAGGUGGAGGUGGAGGGCGGAGAGAUCAUCCGGAACAAGUUUGCUAUUUAGAGAGCAGUGACUUUUGAGGCUUUAAACACGCGAUCAAGGUAUCGGUGUUUGUGCUCUUCCCCUGAACUCAGCGGCAAAGUCAGGCAGACAGACUGUUCAAGACCGUGAUGUUUUCAGUAAUCUUCAAUAACGUUAGCAGAUAUCGAUCAAGUUUCUGCUGAGCAAUUUAAGUAUUCUUCCGAAUAGUUGAUGUGUUUCUUUUGUUUUUCCUGUUUCCUUCAAAACAUAUAUAUUUUUCCAUUUUAUUCUCCUGUAAAAACGCUGCUGAUGUGCCAUUCUUUGUUAAUAAACCCUUUUUUUUUUUAAAAGUCCGCCAUCUUGAUGUGCUAGAACAUCUGCAGAACUUGACCUGAUGUUAUCGCGUCCAUCUGCCUCACGUGAAAUCCUUCGUCUCAACGAGUUGAUAUUUUGAAGCGUACAUUCCUUUGUGUUGCAAAUUUAUGUUUUUUUUAGAUUUAGUUUCCAAUUUAUGUUGUAACAACACUGCUUAUUAAUGCUGGGAGAGUGAGGAAUAGAUCAUGUUUUAGCAUAAAAUACCUGGUUUUGUUGCCGCAGACACGCAGUGAAACACCAUCUGAAACAGUGAGCUCUGGCUUGGCAGCUGUGUUGUCUACAUGAAAUUUGAACAUGUCGGUGUUUUCCAGAUGUGCAAAAUGAUUCUGCUGACUGGGCUGGAAUCACUUCAAUUUUUGAUGUUAAUGUACAUUAGGACACUUUAGAUUUCUUUCUUCUUGACUUAUUUACAGAACAGACGAUAUGUAAGAAUACAAACACAUCUGAAAUAGGCAACUGACAUCAGGACACAAAGAGUUUAAAGAGUUAUAAAGGCAUGAAGGGUUUCAUAUACCUGCCUGUUUGGCAUUUGGUUUAAUCUGGCAUUAAUAAGUGAGAGAAAGACAUAAGAAACACAUUAUAUAGUUUAGACAACCAGCUCCUCUUCAGUCAUUUCCAUUUAUUUCCAUUCUCACUUUGUCAGGUAGGUGGCUGUGAGGCAUCUUACUGCUGUUUUCUGUGUGCCAUAAAAGAAAAAAAAAAAAAAAGAUACAGUGACAGACAAGAGCUACACACUCUACCAGCACCCGCAUAAAGUUAGCCAGCCAAUGCAGCAGUGUUUCAGAUUCUUUAGAUUUUCUUUAGAUAUUGUGAACCAAGACUUAUUUUGACUUCAAUGAUUGAGAAACAAAAGUCUUAUCUCAUAAAUGUGCCGUUAUAAGGAAUAUAUAUUUGUUUCUGCAAGAUCUAUAAAAUCCCUGACACUUUAUUUAUUUUAAUAAUAAAACUAGGAAAACAUUUUA